CCUCUUCUUGCUCCACGACCGGGAGAAGUGCAAGCUGUAUGUGAAUGAAUUCUGGUCUUUGUUAGAAAAUUACAAUAUUACGACUACUUUGUUUGUCGUCGGUAUCAUUCGCGUUUGGAAUCAAGUUAUAUCACAUAAAAGUCAACGUCUACAGCCAUGGCUCGUAAGGAUUAUGCGGCAGAGAAAGAAAAGUGCAAAAGGUUCCUGCAGGAGUUUUACACAGAGGAUGACAAUGGGAAGAAGGUGUUCAAGUAUGGAGCACAACUUGUGGCAUUGGCCCACAGGGAGCAGGUGUCCCUGUUUGUUGAGCUGGAUGAUGUGGCUGAAGAAGAUCCUGAGCUGGUUGAGAGCAUCUGUGAAAAUGCCAAACGCUACACGGGCCUGUUUGCAGAUGCUGUCCAUGAACUGCUGCCAGAGUACAAAGAAAGAGAUGUUGUGGCCAAAGAUUCUCUGGAUGUGUACAUUGAGCACAGGCUGAUGAUGGAGCAAAGGGGUCGUGACCCUGCAGAUACCAGAGACCCCCGUAACCAGUACCCUCCUGAGCUCAUGCGAAGAUUUGAGCUCUACUUUAAAACUCCCAGCACCUCCAAGCCCAAAGUGGUGCGUGACAUUCGGGCUGACAGCAUCGGUCAUUUGGUCGCAGUUCGGGGCAUAGUGACCCGUGCAACUGAGGUUAAACCAAUGAUGGCUGUGGCUACCUAUACCUGCGACCAGUGUGGUGCUGAAACCUACCAGCCAAUCCAGUCUCCUACUUUCAUGCCGCUCAUCAUGUGUCCCAGCCAAGAGUGUGUCACCAACAAAUCUGGAGGUCGACUCUACCUGCAGACCAGAGGUUCCAAAUUUGUCAAGUUCCAAGAGCUGCGUAUUCAGGAACAUAGCGACCAAGUCCCUGUUGGCAAUAUUCCAAGGAGUAUGACUGUGUAUGCGCGUGGUGAAAACACACGUCUUGCCCAGCCAGGAGACCAUGUUGCCAUCACAGGAACCUUCCUCCCUCUGCUGCGUACAGGCUACAGCCAGACUGUUCAGGGACUUCUGUCAGAAACCUAUUUGGAGGCUCACUCCAUCACACUCAUGAACAAGACAGAAGAUGAUGAGCUUGGUACCGAAGAGCUGACAGAUGAGGAGCUCCGCAGCAUCACAGAGGAAGGAUUUUAUGAGAAACUAGCUGGCUCCAUAGCACCAGAGAUUUAUGGACAUGAAGAUGUCAAGAAAGCUCUGCUCCUGUUGCUGGUUGGAGGAGUGGAACAAGCUCCCAAAGGCAUGAAAAUCAGAGGCAACAUUAAUAUCUGCCUGAUGGGAGACCCAGGAGUCGCCAAGUCCCAGCUGCUCUCCUAUAUUGACCGUCUGGCUCCCCGAAGCCAGUACACAACAGGUCGGGGGUCGUCUGGUGUUGGUCUGACUGCAGCUGUGAUGCGUGACCCUCUGACUGGUGAAAUGACUUUGGAAGGAGGAGCCUUGGUCCUGGCUGACCUGGGCGUCUGCUGCAUCGAUGAGUUUGAUAAGAUGGCCGAUGGUGACAGAACAGCCAUCCAUGAAGUGAUGGAGCAGCAGACCAUCUCCAUCGCCAAGGCUGGCAUCAUGACCUCCCUCAACGCCCGCUGUUCUAUUUUAGCCGCAGCCAACCCUGCUUACGGGCGCUACAAUCCCCGGAAAAGCAUCGAGCAGAACAUUCAGCUGCCAGCUGCUCUGCUCUCUCGCUUUGACCUGCUCUGGCUCAUCCAGGACAAGCCGGAUGCUGAUGCUGACCUGCGUCUCGCACAGCACAUCACCUACGUCCACCAGCACUCCCGCCAGCCACCCACUCACUUCACACCCAUUGACAUGAAACUGAUGAGGCGUUACAUAGCUCUGUGUAAGAAGCACCAGCCUGUUGUGCCCGAGACGCUGGCAGAUUACAUCACUGCUGCUUAUGUGGAAAUGAGAAAAGAGGCUCGAGUCAGCAAAGACACUACCUUUACCUCGGCCCGUACCCUCCUCUCCAUACUCCGUCUUUCCACUGCCCUGGCUCGGCUUCGGAUGAUGGACACCGUAGAGAAAGAGGACGUAAACGAGGCCAUGAGACUGAUGGAGAUGUCAAAGGAUUCGUUACAAGCAGACAAGUCAAGCACUGCAAGGACCCAACGUCCAGCCGAUGUCAUCUUCUCUCUGGUCCGUGAGCUCGCCACAGAGAGCGCGGCAGGUCGUGGCGGAGCUGGGGGGGUGGUGCGCAUGGCUGAAGCAGAGCAGCGUUGCGUCUCUCGUGGCUUCACCCCUGCCCAGUUCCAGGAGGCUCUGGAGGAGUAUGAGGAACUGAACGUGUGGCAGGUCAACCAGGCCCGCAGCCGCAUUACCUUUGUCUGAGCGAUCCAGGACACGUUUUUAGGCUCUCCCUUUCAGCCGGCUGUGGGCUUUCUACAGACUCAUGUUAGGGUUCUUUAUGUUUCUUCAUCCAGCAUCUUGUAACACAAGUCAGGCAGAACUCAGCUUCCUUUUAAGCGUUACUAUUGUGCAAGAAUUCACGCUGUUGGAGAUCUAAAGCUUUUUUGUGUCUUGAGAUCUCUGUGAACCGUUCAUUUGUAUGUAAAUAUGUAUGUCAGAAGAUGGUAAAGUGAAGUAUCUUCAGUUUAGUGCUGAAAGCAUCCACUUAACAUUGAAUAUUUCUGUAUAUUUUAUAUUUUGUAGUGCAUAUCAUGCAAGAGACGUUAAUGUUGGGCUUUGUAUUACAGAGUUAUAAUAAAAGGUUCAGUGCUAUGCCA